AUGCGGCAGAUCCAGAAUUUAUGGAACGUGUGCGGCAUAUUCACCGUCGAUCUGUCCUACAAAAAAUUUCAAUGCAUAUGGUCCGUACUAUUGAUGGCCACGUGUGUGUAUAAUUUUUCCGUCGCCACGCAAAUCUUGUGCAAAAUGGACCAAUGGUGUACGAUUUUCUCGACGCCUAUGGUGGCUAUGUACGACUGGGUAUUAGCGUGCACGACUCUGCUGUCCAGAAUCACCAUUAUGGUUCAGUCUAAACGUAAUUUCGUCAAGUACAAAGCGACCGUCAAAGCUUUCGAGGUAUAUUCACCGACGUCGCCCGCACAACUGAAGAACUACGAACUGUUUUCGCUUUCGGUAGUCCUCCUAUGCCUGACAGUAAUUCUACCGGCAAACGUCACCAGGCUGUAUUACUUGUAUUACUACGAGACCCGCAAAGACCGUGCGUUGGUAAUCUACUACAUAUUCUUGUACAUGCAAAAUCUGAGCAUGUGUUGCGUAGAGACCCAAUUCGUCUCUCAGUGUUUCGCGGUGUACACCAAGUUCCGGGAAAUAAACGGUGAUUUAAAAGAACUGAAGGACGAAAACAACGUGGGACGCGGUAAAUACCCGUUCACCAUGGCGGUCGUGUCAGAGACGCCACCGCGGGCAAAAGUCGUAGGCAAGGGGGUCGCCUGCACCUCCUUGCAGGGGCACGUCUGCGGAUACGAUAUGGGUUUUUAUAAGUCGUGGUUCAAUGGUCAUCCGAUGGCCAAUGCGGUGGAAUUACUCAGAAUCAGACACUGGCUGAUACGCCACGCCGUCGAAACGCUAAACGGUUUUUUCGGGAUCCACAUGGGACUUUCUGUGUUCGUGCUCUGUGUAAUGGCCCUAUUAGAUAUUUAUUACGAGAUAUUUCACGAUUCUCCGUCCAAAUUAUUGGUGUUCGGUUGGUUACUGCAAUACUCUUUGAGAAUUUUCAUGAUUAUCCUGGUAGCACAUUGUACAACGAAACAGGUAAGGCGAUAAUCCGUAGAGUUUAAAUAAUACAUAAUUCUAUGUUUAUUUAUUUUAUUUGUAAAAUCUAUAAGCCGGUGGUGUAUUUACAACUUUUUAGGGUUGAGGCGAGUCCAUAAUUUAUAAAUAGUUAACGGAUUUUAAUUUAAUAAAAAGUAAAAAUAUUUAAAUAUACUGUUAUAAUUUAAAACAACGCUUUUAAUUUUUUUUAAAGCUAUUCGAACAAUAUAAAACAACUGAUAGUCAUGUACCCCACCGAGUGAUAAUAGGCUCAGGAAGUAGAAUUAAAUUUGAGUACAUAUCUUUAAAAAUGUCUAGUUGACUUAGUCAUUUAAAAAAAAUAUUUAAAAAUAUUUUUGCAAAAAAUAUUUAAAAAUAUUUUUGCAAAAAAUCUUUAAAUGCAGAAUUUUUCAAUUUAAAAAGUGGGAUGUCUAGACGUAUUAAAGCACGGUAAGAAUCACCAUUAAAAAAAAAUUAGUGGAUUUAGACACAGUAGAAAUAAAAUUUUGUUAAAAUUUAAAUUUUCUGCUUCUAUUGUCUUUAUGUGUACCGGUAAUGAUAUGCUAAAUAACUAGACCACGAUGGUCAAUAGAUAUUGAUUUUUCACAAGAUCCACAGUAAAAAACUUGUCUAUCACUUCCACAAGUUCCAUUCGGAAAUUUUUGCAAAUGAAGACUUUUGAUUUUUUAGAUGCAUGUGAUUUUGGGUGUAUCUAAAUUAUCAAAAUUAUCAAACAUGUAAUAAUAUAAAAUUUCACUAACGGAUAAAAAAUACACAAACGGACACGACAUGAAAAUAACGUGAUCGGAGGGUGAACGCGUUUGUACAACUGAGCACUAAAAUUUUUAUCAGGAUAAUUAUGGAAUCGUCGUUUGAUGUCAAAAAAUAUACAGACCUCAUCUUAUCAUGCUAUACAACGUAAAAUACCUACUAAAAUAAACAUGAAAAUUCUGCAAUAAUAUAAAACAUAUUAUAAAUUUAUUUGUAAAAUAUUUAAAAACACUUAAAAAAAUUUUAGCGCUGACUUAUUCAAAAUAUAAUGAAACGUACGAUAAAGACUUUAUCGUAAAAAUACCUCGACUAUAUUCGCAUAUUCGCACUUAAUAUUUAGCCACAGCUUGGAAACCCAAUAGCAUCAACAAUACGACCAUAACAUAUAAUUUUCUAUACUUAUUACUUAAUUAUGCUGUAGGAAUAUUUAUCUGUUUUAAUUUUUUUUCUUUUUGGUUCUGUGGGAGGGAAUCAGGGAUACUGGACCACCCGUCCGCUGUAAAUAUACCACUGCUACCAUCUAAUAUCUAAAUUUCAGGCAAUGAAAACAAAAUCGUUAAUUGCACUCACGGAUAACCAAACGUUGGAUAACAAUACAAAAGAAGAGGUGAGACCACGACUAUUUUCAAGUAUCAAUAAUAAUUUGAUAAUAAAUGAUAAUUCGUAUUGUGUAUAUAUAUGUAUACAGAGUGAUCAAUCCUCUUACAGAGGAAACUUGUUAUUUUGGAAACUAUUACCUUUUUCGGAUUUUAAUUUUUUUUUUGACAAUUACAGAAACCAAUACCUAGUUCUAAAAUGUUAUACAUCACUGUUAUUUUUGUCACCCUUUCAUCUGGGGAUGAAACCAUUACCCAGUUUUGAUUUCCAAAUAGCAACCUGUAAAAUUAAUAAAAUUUCAUAAAAAGACAAAGUUUUAGGUUAAUUACAUUUGACGAUAUAUAAAACUUUUAAUUGAAGAGAGGUCGAACACUGUUCAAACGCCAUGGAUCGUACCGCAAAAUGAUGCUCCAUUACUUUUCAUCUAUACAAACUUAAAAUUGAAAUAUCCCAUCAACUAGUUGACGGAAGUUAAAAAUGAAUCGAAACUUAAACUUCGUUUAUUGGUGGAAUUUUUAUUAAAGGUUUCCAUUUUAAAAUCAAAAUUGGGUAAUGGUUUCACCCUCGAAAAAUAACGGAAAUGCAACAUUUUAGAGCAAAUUGCUUCUUAGGUUGUUAAAAAAAAUGGAAAAGAAUCACGAAGAAGGUGAAUACUUUUUGAGAUAAUGAGUGUCUUAUUGAAAAUUGGUCACUCUGUAUACUGAAUAUUUUGUAUUAUAUGAUUUUAGUUGCGGUUGUUUUUAAAUCAGAUUGACAGUUCCUCGAUUGAAUUUACUGUAUACGAUUUUUUUACACUGAAUACACAAGUUAUAAAAUCGGUAGGUUAUACACUAUAGGUAAUAUAUAUAUUAAUGUUCAUAUUACAACUUUUUUUUAAAAUCACUAUUUUUUAAGCUACUAAUUGUAUUAUCCGGUAUAUCCUGUGUUUAAUCUUUUCAAAAACAGAAAUAAAUUCAAUAAAUUAAAUUUAACGUGUCUCUGCGUUUCCAACCUUAUCCCUUCAAAGUAAAGUUAAUUAUUGUUACCGAUAAUUUAUCUUUUAGCAAGGGUAUUUUCUUGUCUGUAAUAACCAAACGAAAUAAUAAAAAAAGUUGAGAUAAUGGGGAAGGGUGCAGCUACUAGUGUAGGUAUAAAGUUGGGAAGGUAGGAUACAGACGAGAAUUUAAUGUAUAUCUAUUAGCAACGAUAAACCAUUACUAACAAAAUAACGAUUCUGAGCGGAGUUCAAUGGUAGUGAUGCUUUAUCAACAAUAUAUAUGCCAUAUUAUAGUAAAAAAAUUAAAUAGGCUCUAUAUAUUUUCUUUAAUAAUAUUUGUUUAAUGUUGUACCUAUUUUCCUAGUUUUCCUACGUUUUUCCGGGUUUUCCCAUGUUUUCCUUUCUGAAAAGGUGCUACAAUCCGAGCAAGUCUUCUGAUAGAAAAGUUGUUUACAAAUUAAAAAAAAAUCUUUGUAAAUCCAUAAACUUCUUCGCUCCACUCAGAAUCUAAAACUGGUUUUAUUUUCAUUUAGGUAACUUAUAAAUAAAUAAAAGAAAUAGAUUUUAACGGUUUUACGAUUGGAAAUUGAAAUUUCGUACCAGAAAAUCAGAAGCCGUUAAAAUAAUAUAACCGUACGAUUUGGUUUUGUCAACCUUAUCACCCGACUAUUUUCUAUAACACGCUACCUAUAUAUACAUUCAUAUAAUACGAAUAUAUAUUCCUGUAUAUACAUUCAAGUUUCACUACAGAGCGUAUUUAUGAAUCUAGAAUACAAAUUUACGAGUUACCGCUACAUAAUAUUAUAGUAUGUUUAUAAUAAUUUACAUAUAUUAAAACUAAAAAUUGAUCUACUUGGUGUGUCAUUUACAUAUAAUAUUUUAUUGUUAUGCAGGCUAUUGCUGCUGGUACAACAUAUUUAGUUAUUUUAAUGGAACUUCACACUUAUAAUAAACAAUGA